UUCCUGGGCUAGUCCGUGCUGUUUUUUUCGUUCUUUGUGAAAGCGGGUCGGCGGUGAGAUCGGGAUGCGGAGGGGGGGUUCUCGCCGUCUUGGACGGGGUGCCGGAGACGGAUUAUUCUCUGAGGGGCAACACCAAAAAUUUUCUUUCGAGUGUUGGGAGCUGGACCCUCUGCCUGGGGUGGGAGACCCCACUAGUCACGUGAUCCUGUUUACCCCUCCGAUUUAUCCACAGAUGUACAAUAUCUUCAUGCAUGCUCACUGUUUCCGGCUUCAUUAUCUUUGAUGUUAAAGUUAGACAUGUGAUGAGAGAUUUAUUGGAAGAAAAUCCCCGAAUGGAAGCAAACCAUGACUGAAGUCGAGUAAAACAGCCCAAGGAUUGAGAACAUCAACUGGAGAGAAUCCAACUGACUUGGAGAUUCCAUUGAUAUAGUCAGGAGAAAGUUUGGUUAAAAAUGACAAGGAAUUUGUCUAUGGAAAUUCAAACAUAGCACCCCAGUUUUGCUGUCUCGGUCUAGAUAUUUAAGAAGUGGAGCAAGGGAUUUACUCGAUCAUCCUUCCUGCUCAUACUGUGGAGAGGGAUUCACUUGGUCAUCUGACUAACUGGCACGCCCAUCAUUUUACACAGGGGAAAGGCCAUUCACCUGCUCAGACAGUGGGAGUGCAUUCACUCGGUCAUCUCAACUGAAGGUACUUAAGCAAGUUCACACUGGGACAAGGCCAUUCACCUGUUCUGUGUGUGAGAAGGGGUUCAGUCGGUCAUCCCACCUGUGGACACACCAGUCAGAUCACACUGGGCAAAGGUUGCUCAACUGCUGAAUUUGUGGGAAAGUAUUCACUCAGUCAUCUGAUCUAAUGGCUCACCAGCAAGUUCACACUGGAGAGAGGCCAUUCACCUGCUCAGACUGUGGGAAGGGAUUCACCCGGUCAUCUCACCUAUUGAGACACCAGACAGUUCACACUAGGCAGAGGCCAUUUACCUGCUCAGACUGUGGGAAGGGAUUCACUCGGUCAUCCCAUCUGAAGGUACAUCAGUUAGUUCACACUGGGGAGAGGCCAUUCACCUGCUCAGACUGUGGGAAGGGAUUCACUCAGUCAUCACACCUAUUGAGACACCAGACAGUUCACACUGGGGAGAGGCCAUUCACCUGCUCAGAAUGUGAGAAGGGAUUCAUUCGGUCAUCUGACCUACUGGUACAUCAGCGAGUUCACACUGGGGAGAGGCCAUUCACCUGCUCAGACUGUGGGAAGGGAUUCACUCAGUCAUCACACCUAUUGAGACACCAGACAGUUCACACUAGGCAGAGGCCAUUCACCUGUUCAGACUGUGGGAAGGGAUUCACUCGGUCAUCCCAUCUGAAGGUACAUCAGUUAGUUCACACUGGGGAAAGGCCAUUCAGCUGCUCAGUCUGUGGGAAGAGGUUCACUCGGUCAUCCAACCUGAAGUUACAUCAGCGAGUUCACACUGGAGAGAGGCCAUUCACCUGCUCAGACUGUGGGAAGGGAUUCACUCAGUCAUCUAAACUGAAGUUACAUCAGUUAGUUCACACUGGGGAGAGGCCAUUCACCUGCUCAGAAUGUGAGAAGGGAUUCAUUCGGUCAUCUGACCUACUGGUACAUCAGCGAGUUCACUCUGGGGAGAGGCCAUUCACCUGCUCAGAAUGUGGGAAGGGAUUCACUCGGUCAUCUGACCUACUGCAACAUCAGCGAGUUCACACUGGGGAGAGGCCAUUCACCUGCUCAGAAUGUGGGAAGGGAUUCACUCGGUCAUCUGAGCUACUGAGACACCAGUCAGUUCACACUGGGUAGAGGCUGAUCACCUACUUAGACUCUGGGAGGAGAUUCUCUCGGUCAUCUCACCUUUAUGUGCAUCAUUGAGUUCACACUGGGGAGAGGCCGUUCAACUGCUGUGAAUGUGGGGAAGGAUUCACUCUGUAAUCUAACCUUGUGACACACUGCCAGGUUCAGACUGGAGAGAAACUUUCAAUAAGCUGCAUGCUGCAUAUUUGUUCAUCACCAUUGCUAAAUGUAAUUUCAAGAGUGA